AUGCUGCGAGCGGCUGGGGCUGCACGGCGUGGAGGAGCAGCGCUCGCUCCCUUGUCACUCGCUCGCUCGCUCGCAGGGACACACGCAGGGGCUGACAGCUGUGCUGGUGCUGAUAAGGGAAGCCACAAGGAGACGAUGGAGAGAGACAAGCGGCGGCAGCGGCGGCAGCAGCGGCAGCACCAGGUGAGAGCUGCUGGGAGUGGGAGUGACGCCCCCACCCCGGGCCCCCACCCCGUCCCUGUCCUCCACCCGCUUGCCCUGAGUUUAGAGGAGCAGCCGCUGCCACCGCCGCCACUCCAGAGGGCACCGGGGCUGCUGGCCAGGGAGGGACAGGGCAGGGAGGCUCUGGCCAGUCCCAGCAGCCGGGGACAGAUGCCGAUCGAGAUUGUGUGCAAAAUCAAAUUUGCAGAGGAGGAUGCGAAACCCAAGGAGAAGGAGGCCGGGGAUGAACAGAGCCUCCUGGGGGCUGCGCAGGGGGCAACAGCCCCCCGGGACCUGGCCACCUUCGCCAGCACCAGCACCCUGCACGGGCUGGGCCGGGCCUGUGGCCCAGGCCCCCACGGACUGCGCAGAACCCUGUGGGCGCUGGCCCUACUCGCCUCGCUGGCUGCCUUCCUGUACCAGGCGGCUGGCCUGGCCCGGGGCUACCUGACCCGGCCUCACCUGGUGACCAUGGACCCCGCCGGCCCCGCGCCAGUGGCGGGCUUCCCCGCUGUCACCCUCUGCAACAUCAACCGCUUCCGGCAUUCGGCACUCAGCGACGCCGACAUCUUCCACCUGGCCAAUCUGACCGGGCUGCCCCCCAAAGACCGGGACGGGCACCGCGCGGCCGGCCUGCGCUACCCGGAGCCCGACAUGGUGGACAUCCUCAACCGCACUGGCCACCAGCUUGCCGACAUGCUCAAGAGCUGCAACUUCAGUGGGCACCGCUGCUCCGCCAGCAACUUCUCCGUGGUCUAUACUCGGUAUGGGAAGUGUUAUACCUUCAAUGCGGACCCACAGAGCUCACUGCCCAGCCGGGCGGGGGGCAUGGGCAGUGGCCUAGAGAUCAUGCUGGACAUCCAGCAGGAGGAGUAUCUACCCAUCUGGAGAGAGACAAAUGAGACGUCUUUUGAGGCCGGCAUCCGGGUGCAGAUCCACAGCCAGGAGGAGCCACCCUACAUCCACCAGCUGGGCUUUGGCGUGUCCCCGGGCUUCCAGACCUUCGUGUCCUGCCAGGAACAGCGGCUGACCUACCUGCCCCAGCCCUGGGGCAACUGCCGGGCAGAGAGCGGGCUCAGGGAGCCUGAGCUUCAGGGCUACUCGGCCUACAGUGUGUCUGCCUGCCGGCUGCGCUGUGAAAAGGAGGCCGUGCUUCAGCGCUGCCACUGCCGGAUGGUGCACAUGCCAGACUCCCUGGGUGGGGGCUCCGAGGGCCCGUGUUUCUGCCCUACCCCCUGCAACCUGACUCGCUAUGGGAAAGAAAUCUCCAUGGUCAGAAUCCCCAACAGGGGCUCAGCCCGGUACCUGGCAAAGAAGUACAACCGCAAUGAGACCUAUAUACGGGAGAAUUUCCUGGUCCUGGAUGUGUUUUUUGAAGCCCUGACCUCUGAGGCCAUGGAGCAGCGAGCAGCCUAUGGCCUUUCAGCCCUGCUGGGAGACCUCGGAGGACAGAUGGGCCUGUUCAUCGGGGCCAGCAUCCUCACGCUGCUGGAGAUCCUGGACUACCUCUAUGAGGUGUCCUGGGACCGACUGAAGAGGGUGUGGCGCCGUCCCAAGACCCCCCUUCGUACCUCCACUGGGGGCAUCUCCACUUUGGGGCUGCAAGAGCUCAAGGAGCAGAGUCCUUGCCCAAGCCGGGGCCAUGCUGAAGGUGGGGGGGCCAGUAGCCUGCUCCCCAACCACCAUCACCCACGCGGUCCCCCAGGAAGCCUCUUUGAAGACUUCGCUUGCUAGAAUGGUGCUGUGUCUGAAAGGACCCAGGAGUUGGGGACCCCUCCCUGCAUCCCCUUCUGCUGCUGGGACAGAGGCCUAGGGGUGGCCACUGGGAGAGGGUGGUGCUUACUGGCAGGGUGGGGAUUCAUUUCCUGUUCUUGCCAACCUUGGUGCCAGCUGCUUUGCACAGGGGUCCUUUUUGCUCACACCUCCUGCCCUCA